AGCGCGGCCCCGGGUCCGAGGCGUUGGGAAGCGAAACGAGCAGAGGCUCGGAUCGAGCCGGCCGUGUGGCUCGGGGUUCGGUGCUCUCUCUCGCGUCGCUUUUUGCGGCCGCUGCGAACAUCCACGCGCCGUGACCGUACUCAAAGUAAUCUACGACUCUCGGGUCGCAUCAUCGAUCUGUGACCUUUCGUCGGGAGGUGAGCAGUGCGUGCUUAUCGAGACUUUGAAAUGCCGUGCCUGCGCGACAAAGCAACUUCCUGUCCCCACGGCCUGCCGCCGAUCCGCCGUCACCGCCGUCUUGUGACUUCACCACCGUCGUCGUCGUCGUCUGCUACUGCCGCCGUCGUCUGUCCCGAGGGCCCGUGAGGAUUACUUUGAAAAGUGGCUCGUCAGUUUCCCCACUUGAGGACGCUUUUCCCUUUAUUCCCGUGACCGGUCUUAACGUUAGCUGUGCGGUGUCAUCGUGUAUCAAAUCCCGGUGUUUGUUUUAUUCGCGCGUCGUCCGGCGCUGUUGUGUCAUCGUGAGACGUCGUGUUGUCAACUCCCAAAAACGUGGACAAUGGAUGGUCCGGAGUGGCGUGCUUGGUUUCCGGACGGUCCGACGGGAGGCCGGAGUGUGGUGCUCGACCGCGAUGCGCCUUCCGAAGACGGCUAAAGAGGCCGUGAGGGCCGAAGCCAGGAUGUUGAAGCGGGUGCACUCGCACAUGAAGGUCCGCAAACCGGCCCUACUGCAAGUGGGAGCACUGUCUCAGGCGCACCGGAGCAAGAGCCUGACACAGAUCGACUGCCUGGAGGGCGGCCCCAGCGACUCCGGGAUGGCGCGCCCGGACGUCGCAGGUGGUAGUCCGCCGUGGCCCGCAGGGAGCCAGGGAGCACCGUCCGUGGACCUCCUGUCGGUGCCGGACGACGGGACGGCCAGGCUCACUCCGACCAGGCCACUGCGCAGCACCGGCAGGGUGUCCAGCCAGGAGUUUCUGAGCGUGGCCAUCGAAGAGGAGCCGGGAGGGACGCCACAGUGGGAGGUCGUUCGAGCCAUCAAGGGAGUGCCUCUACGGGACGCCCUGCAAGGAGUGCUGGAGCGCCGAGGUCUCGACUUGUCCGGCGUGGACGUGAUCCUCGAGUACUCCAAGAGACCCGCAAACCUCUCGCACGAAGCCCUCAAGUUUGUCGGGGCCCAGCUCAGGAUUAAAGCCAAGGAUGGGGGCGAACUGGGAGUUACUCGGGCAGACAGCACCAGCAGCCUGAGCUCCUGGAAGACCUCCCGUGCCAGCAGCAAUGCCAAGGAGCGCAAGGUCUCCGGGAGCCAGAGGGGGCGGCGCGGCGCCGUGUCUACGGAGGACCUGGUGAACGACGCCAUCCUGGUGAGUGGGGCCGGCCAGGACUGCAAGCCCGGCAAGUCCAAGGCCUCGCUCGGCCGGCGCUCCGGGAUUCUGCUCGGCUCCUCCAAGACGGACAAGGAGGAGAUGCGUGCCCUGACGGAGCUGCUCAACGGCUACGACCAGGGCGGCAUUCCCAGCUUCCCCGGACUGCUGACCUUUGGCACGGCCUCCAACGAGCACAAGUUCCGUCUGGAGGACAACUGGAGGUCCAUCGUGGACGACCCCGACUCCUUUCCGAAAAGGGUCCGCAACCAACAGGAUGCCAUAUGGGAGCUCAUCUCGACCGAGGUGUCGUACCUGCGCACCCUCAAGGUCAUCACCGAGCUGUUCCUGGCGUGCCUCUGUAACCUUCAAAGCGAGGGCAUCUUGCAGGAGGUGGACACGGAGCGCAUGUUCAGCAACAUCACGGAUGUGUACCAGGUGAACCACGCACUCUGGGACGACUGCCUGCUGCCGGCCCUGAACGCAGCCAGGGCCCGCCGGGGCCUUCUAGACCCUCUGUUGCUGCGGCCGGGCUUCCUGCGCUUCGAGGAGGCUUUCCAGCCCUACAUCAAGUACUGCCUGGAGCACACGCAGUGCUCCCACUAUGUCAAGGAGAAGCGGGCAGAGAGCGACCUCUUCAAGACCUACGUGGCUUGGUGCGAGGCGAGGAAGGACUGUGAGCGUCUCCGCUUCACUGAUCUCCUGGUGAAGCCCAUGCAGCGGCUCACCAAGUACUCUUUGUUGCUGAAGGCCAUUCACAAGAAGACGGAUGACGAGGCCUCCAAGCAGGCCCUCGUUGAAAUGAACGACUGCGUGGAGAGCUUCGUGUUUGCAGUGGACGGGCGGCUGCGCCAGCGACACGAGCUGGAACGGCUCAAGUCGAUCAUCAGCCGGAUAGAGAGCUACGACCCGUUCGACAUCAACAACGACGAGGUCGAAAAGGCCCUUCGUCCCCACUGCGAGCUGGACCUGACGUGCCCGAUGCCCGGCUGCGGCCACCAGCAGAGUCGGCAGUUGCUCUACGAGGCCUCGGGCAUCAAGAUGAGGGACUCCAUGAGCUCCAGCAAGGUGGACGUGCACUGCUUCCUGUUCACGGACGUGCUGUUGGUGUGCAAGGCCUUGGGGCGGCGGGGGGACCGGGUGCGGGUGGUGCGGCCCCCGCUGGCUGUUGACCGCCUGCUGGCGCACGAGCUGAGGGACGGAUCAGGCCUCCUCCUGGUCCAGCUGGGGGACCUGGGGCUGCUGGCCGCCUACUGCCUGCUCUACACCCCAGAGCCCAGGGCCCUGCUGGAGCACCUGCGCAGGGCACAGGAGCAGUACCGGGAGGCCCGUGCCCAGCUGUCCUGUCCUCAGCUGGGCUACCUGGGGGACCUGGGGGCAGACGAGGAGGACUACGACAUCCCCCGGGGGGCCCUGCUGGCUGCCGGACGCUCCUCUUCGCCCCGCAGCUCCAGCCAGUCCAGCCUGGUCCACUCGCACAGCGGCUCUGUGGACAUGAGCGACGCCGCCGGGCCGCCUGUGCCCUGCCCCACCCCGCUUUUCGGCCCCUCGGUGCCGACGGGGCGCGCCACCAGCUUCGAGCUGGGGGAGCUGCGCAACCCGAGCAUGACGGUGGACGACGUGGACGAGCAGGGCCGGUCGCGCAGCAUGGAGACGCGCGCCAGCCCCGUCUGCGUGCUGGUCACCUCCCCGCGCCCGGAGCGCCGGGCCUUCCUGCUCAAGGGGGCGUCCCCCAACACCCUCGCCGUCUGCUCGCACGACGAGGAGGCCCGGGAGCACCGCAGCUACCCAACUUCACCCGUCAUUCAGGUCCCUGUGGUGGCCCCGCCCCCAAGGGGCUCCCGCCUCGCGGUGGGUGCGUCCAGCCCGACCAAGCCGCCCCUGCUCAAGACCAAGAAUGUGUCCGGACUGGUGACGCACAGUGCGCCCCCCAGCGGGGGCCCCAGCCCGGAGGGGUCCCGGGAGGCCGACUCGGACGACGAGGCUGGGCAACGGGUGGCAGUGUCCGCUGCCUCGGCCGCGUCCCGUCGGGCCUACCGCCCAGAGCGGCGCCACCACACGGCGGACUCGUUCGAGCACCUGAAGAACCGGCGGGACCCCUCGAUCCACAAGCGCCUCUCGUGGAACCUGGGCCAGCAGCAGCAGCAGCAGUCGGCGGAGGCGCCGCUGCGGGACCGCCGGGUCUCCAAGUGCCUGAGCAGCGAGUCGGUGUACAGCUCGAGCGGCGUGAGCAGCACGGGCUCGCUGCUGCUCAGCAGCGUGGGCAGCAGCGAAGAGGAGGGCCGCCGCACCCUGCUGCUCGGCAGGGAGGCCGUGCACUUGGACGUCAGCGAGGUCAGGGAUGGCAUCUCGUCCGUGCAGAUCGUGGCGGCGGACGGCGGGCGGGCCCCGGGCAAGCCCUCUCGGGCCGACCUACAGAGGAUGAAGGAGUUUCUCCUCACCAGCUGCUCCGUCGAGGCCUCGGAAGUCUGACAGUGAGCCCCAUGGACUACACAUGCACAGCAGAGCCAUUGCCCGCCUGUAGGCGACACGGUGUGCAGCCUUGCUUUCUGCAGAGGACUACACCCGUUUUGGGACAAGGGAGGGAGGUCACGCCAGUUGCACAUAUCUGCCGCAUCCUCGAAGACAGACACUGACCACAGCAUCCACUCUUUCACCGAGGGGCAGCGUACGGCGGAGAGCCUCCAGAGUCCCUGACGACUCCUUGACCUCACUGGCCUCAAGGCCUUGUCUGUAAGGCCUCGUGUGUAAGGGCCUCGUUUGUAAGGCAUCAUCUGUAAGGCCUAAUUCGUAAGGCCUCGUUUGUAAGGCAUUGUUUGUGGGGUCUGACUUAUAAGGCCUUGUGGGUAAGGCCUUGUCUGUAAAGUUUCGUCUGUGCCGUUCUGGCGUGCACGGUCCUGCACCGUCGGCGCAGGACGCUCCCAGCCACGGGGUUCAUGUGCGGGUUCGGUCUUGCAGGUCUCUCCCAUCUAUGCACGCCGUGCACGACCACACGCUUUGCACGGUAAAGUCUCGCCCGCGGUGAGUGGUUCCGCCAAAUGGACAAGCGACUGGGCCCCCAAGGCGUUGGGUAGCACCGAUUACCGUGGGCAAGGGCAUCGUUUCUCUUGUACCGGCAGCCUAGGGAAAGUUUAGCGUUGCGCGGUAGUUUUUGUUCCACACAUUUUUAGGCAGUUGACGUGCGACUCGUUGUCGGGAUCUGGACAUGGUAGCGGUCCGAUUGGUGCUAUAUUUUUUUCAUUCUGAACUGCCAUUACAGUGACACGGGGUUUGUUAGCUCCAGUGUUUUCAAAAUUGCAGCCCCAAAAUAUAUCUUAUUUUGCGGCCGUUUUUAAGCCGUGGUGCACUUUAAAGAAUUCCAGUUCGAGCGGACACGCGUUAAAGGGGUUUAAGAUGGUUGUUCUCGCACCGCGCGUAGAUCAAGUGAGAUGUAUUUUUGCCCGCGGGAACGGCGUCUCGCAUUCCUGUGAUGCACUUUAUAGAUUCGGCACUCCUCGUGCAACCUGUACAUGCUCCACUUUGUACUUGUGGGUGCUCUCCCCUUUGUCCGCACCUCAACAUACUAUGCAGUCAACCAAGGCGAGAUUGGCCUUGUGUGGGCGAGGUAUUCCAGCGAUGUACAGACUACGUCUACAUUUGCCCUUUCGGUUUUGUUUCUAUUAAUUUACGUGCAGGAGAGACAUGCAGCAGUUGUAGUGCCAAACCAGUUAAAAAGGCUAUGCAUUGGGACGUUGUUAAACUCGGCAUUGGUGCUUACGAUCCUUUCACAUCUUACUUCGACAUUCGAACUUCCCCCGCGUUAUUUUUUUGUGACCGAACCAUCGGGCUCCGACAUUACGGACACGCUUUAGGUCGGAGAACGAUUCUUUCUCGCCACUUGGCACGGAGAAACUUUUACAGGCUGUGAUACAGAUUAGUUGUGACUGCACUGACAAUAGCGGCAAUGGCAGGCAAAAGCGAUGAUGGCGCGCAGUCUUUUUGUAUAGGUGCCAUCGUCGGUUUCACCCUGCGAAGCAUAGUGGCGUUUUGUAGUUGUGUCAACUUUUAGAAUUAACGUCCUCGGCAGUUGCUCGUCAACUUGUUAUAAUGAACAAAGGUUCUUAAAGCACUUGACCGUGUACAAAUUAGAAAGACUUUUGCCCUCCCCGUAAAUGGCCAUUUUCGGCGAGCCAGUUCCUUCGGCGGGCUUCACUGUGCGAUGUCUGCAUUCCGGAGGCAAUCGGAUUGAGCCUGGAUUUUUUUAGAUACCUUCAGUGUUUGCACAGUCCAGUAGGGUUGCACUAUUUCAGCCUCCGACGCGGCAAUUCUUCCUCGCCGAGCUUGCGCGGUGCAAGACGCCUGGCUCGCAGAGUAGUCCGGACGGGGCUUCUUCGCCCCUGACGGUGCGGUCAUCUCCGCGACGUCGACCUUAGGGUUGGCACUGGCAAUAUCUCGGCACGAAGCCAUCGCUCGUAUGGACCACGGUAUUUUCAGUCUCGGCACGGUCCGCGGAGAAGAUCGGCGUGCAGUUUUUAAUCGUGCGGAGCGUUUCCCUCGACCGUGUUUGUCCCCUCUCGAAUCAAAGUAGACGUUUGGUCUGGUUGUUUUAGGACCAGGAGCGUAACAAAGAUCGUGAAAAGACGAGAAACAUGCACUUCUUGCCUCUUGUCUUUUUUGUUUCUUGCAUUUAGCUUGUCUUUUUUCUUUUUUUGCUGGUGCGUGACAGUUGUGUUUUGAGAAUUCCCUUUGAGAAUGUGUUGCACCACUGUAUUUGUGUACCUAUUUGAGCAGAUGUCAGGAAUAUAGGAUUAGGGUAGCUCAAGGGUGGCCAGGCUGACCCGGCCUAAAAGCCGCAAACAAAACGACGAAACUUCCAAGAGCUGUGGUGGGGGGGGGUACAACUCGAACUACUUUUAUUCUAUCAGAGUCAAAAGCAAUACAACUGUAUGUGGGGUAGCUCGUAGCACAAAACUACCAAACCACAACCUGUCUUUCAAUUUAAAACUCGUUCCUUUUCUCUUUUUGAGUACGAGUUUGUGUGACCGGGAGGGAGGCGGGGGAGUGUGUGUGUGUGUGUGGUGGGGUUAGGGGAGGAAGCCGCGAGCCGCACUUUAACACGCGAAAAGCCGAAUGUGGCUCGCGAGCCCCAGCUUGGCCACCCCUGGGGUAGCUGUUAUGUCACAUGAGGCUCGAAGGUGUUUGUCAGGUGUGUCCAAGAUCAUUGUCCAAACAGCGUGAAAAACCGAGGACGAAAAAAGAGCCAAGAGCGUGCAACGACCGACAACUAAAGCCUUGUUUGGAAAAACGUGCUACAAAUGAAAUUUUGUUUCGUAGAGGAUCUCCAUUAUGUACGGGUGACUUAAUUUGACAUACUAUGCAGACGGCCCGAAAAUUUCUAACACCUCCGUGGUAUAUCGGGUGGCUGCCCACCCAGAAUUCCAGAGAUAAUGUUCCAACAUUGCGCUUGAUCGUUUGAGCCAGCAAACCCGAGAUUAAGACGUCAGAGGUUGAGCACCGGAAACUAGAUGAAAGACAUGACUCACUUGAAGUUCCAAUCACUUUAUUGUGAUUUUUUUAAUGGUUUUAUUUUUCUCGAAUUUGAAGGUUCCUUUUGGCUCGAACCCCAAGUUUAUACGCACAUUUUUUUGCUGUUUAAAGCGUAUGCACCCUCGCACAUUGUCGUUGGCUUGAUGCCUCUUGUUCGACGUACCGAAGACAAGUUUCGCCCUUUUUCGGCUGGCUCAGUAUGGUAGUACACGCCAUUAAACAGAUGCACGAGCAGGUCCUAUGUUAGAAGUGGGCGUAGUGUUCAGCCAGCACCGACUGGCCCGUCGGGUAGUGACGACCCUCGAUAGUGUCGGCCAUGAUUGUACCGUGUUCUCGUCAAUGCCUUUGCUUUGCUGCCACUGUGUGUGCCACAGGGUGUGAAGGCACCUCGUGUGAUGUGAGGGUUGCUGUUCCUGUCAAAGUUACUAGCCAAAGUACCCAGUGUGUAUGAGAGGGCACCUGCCUCUCUAGGAAGAUGCUUCUGAUGGUGAUGAUGAUGGAAGCAAACCAUAGGCAGGGGUCAGAUUCUAGUUUUAAAGGCAUGUGAAUCAUUUUCUCAUGCAUGUACAUACCUAUAAAUAAGAAAAGUUAUAUGUAUACAGUUACAUUGGAAGCUCAGGCAGAUCCAACUGCCGCUUCUGUACAGCAUAAUUAGAUAUUUUAUUUUCACGCACACAUCAUAAUUUUUUUAUCAUAAUUUAUUGCAGUGAAACACAGAGUAUGACGAGCGGCUCUCUACUGCAGACGGUGUUAGCGAAGAGGGCGUUUCCCGACGAAUGUGCUAGCACACCUUCCUAUCUGAACAUUCACAGGAAAGUUGGUUCCCGCUGACUGUUAAUGUGUAGGAAGCUCGGUUCGACUAUUAGUACAAAAGCUAAUAAACAAUAAAACUGUUUCCCGUAAA